AUGCAGUCAGAGACUACUAGUACUGCUCUCAUCGGCACGGGCUCAGGCCCAGUCGCGUCUUAUCACCCACUCUUCGCGAUGGAGGAGGCAGAUGUAGUACUGAGUUCUUCGAACGGCGUCCUCUUUCGUGUACCAUCAGUGACCCUCAAGAUGACAUCUGGCUGGUUCCGGACGAUGUUCAAACUCCCUCAAUCCGCAUCUACUACUCGAAGCAACGCGACCGAGACCAUCGCGCUGUCUGAAGACUCUUCGACUUUGGAACCGCUCCUGCGCAUGAUAUGCGGGCUCCCAGUGCCGCUUUUGACCACUUGGGACGAAGUCGAUCCGAUUCUCGCGGCCGCAGAGAAGUACGACUGUCCUGGCGUGCAUAGCAUCGUCCGCAUCCUGUCGCACACCGCUACCUUCAUGGAUCAACCACUUCGCUUGUACACCGCGGCGUGUCGAUAUGGAUGGCAUGAAGAAGCCAUGCUUGCCGCUGAGAUGUCACUUGUCCUCGAUCUCAACGAUCCUAUCUACUACGUGGACCUCGUGAAGCUAAGGACGCCAGCUCUCCUCGCCCUUCAGGGACUUCACCGCGCGCGUUUAGUGGCCUUCCGCGACGCCCUGAAUCAGCCUCCCUUCCUCACUCCUGCGCAAAUGGCGGAUACCGUGAGCCAGCGGUGCAGUCGUUGCUCGGAGCCCUUCGAGUAUGGUGCCUGGCGGGACCUCAAGUACGCGAUGGAACGUGAGCUCGAACGGCGCCCGAUGGGCGAUACUGUUCUCACAGGGCUUGAGGAGUGGGCGGUGGCAAAGAUCUGCUGGAGCUCGCAGUGCAAACGACCGCAGUGCACGGCGCAUGUGUACGAUCGCAUCAGUAGCUCACGAGCAAUCCGCGAGACCAUUGAGGGUCUUCCAAGAGCAAUAGAGAUUCCAAUGGACUGA